AUGGCGUUUACAGCCAAUCCCUACAAGUUUGCAAGAACUCUACUUGACAAAGAGCGAUCGGGUGUUCUUGAAGCCCCGCUGGAAGAGGUUGAAACAUACCUUCAUGAGACACACUCCGAUGCUAGUAGAAACAAUGCAUUACGUGACUGUGAACGCAUAGACCCAGCAGCACUUCCAGAGAUUGAACUCGUAACUACGGAGCCAACACUGGGAGAAGUGAAUGAGGUCAUCAAGAAAGCAAGAUUUAGUUCUGCUCCUGGACCUAACGCCAUCCCUUACAAAGUGUAUAAGAUGUGCCCACUUCUACUGAAAAGGUUAUGGAGGCUUCUCAAGGUGGUUUGGAGGAAAGGUGAAAUACCAGAUGCCUGGAAGGAAGCAGAGGGAAUAUUGACUCCCAAGGAAAGGAACUCCAAGAAUGUCAACCAGUUCCGGACCAUCUCAUUACUCAAUGUUGAAGGGAAGAUUUUCUUUGCUAUCCUUGCAAGAAGACUUACAUCUUACCUCACAUCCAACAAGUACAUCAACACCUCCAUCCAGAAGGGAGGAGUGCCUGGGUUCUCAGGUUGUGUAGAACACACAAGCGCUAUUUCACAGCUCAUAAGAGAGGCAAAGGCAGGGAAGAAGAACCUCACAGUAGUUUGGCUUGAUCUAGCUAACGCAUAUAGUUCCAUCCCACACCAGCUGAUCUACACAUCUUGCCAUCCAGUCGAGGUUUCAUGGAUGACCUCACUCUCACCACAACCACCCAUAGUCCAAUCAAGUGCAAUCAAGUGCCUAGGGAAGUGGUUUGAUGCAAGCUUGCAAGACGGUGACAAUGUCAAGAAGCUAGAAAACCAGGUGGAAGACGGGCUUAAGAAAAUUGAUAAAAGCAAUCUCCCUGGGAAGUUCAAAGCCUGGUUAUACCAGCAUGCCUUACUUCCAAGGCUAAUCUGGCCUAUGAUGCUGUAUGAGAUACCAAGCUCAAAAAUUGAAGCCUUAGAGAGGGUUACAAGCAGACACCUCCGCAAGUGGUUAGGAAUACCACCCAGUUUCUCCGGUGUAGGACUGUAUGGAAAGAGCAAUCAGCUUCAACUCCCAUUUACUUCACUGGUAGAGGAAUUCAAGACAGCGAAGACAAGAUUGGUGCUCACCCUCAGAGAUUCUCCAGAUGAGCAAAUCCGGGAAGCAGGGAUUGUAACCCGUACAGGCAGGAAGUGGUCAGCAUCAGAGACCGUUAACCAGGCUGAAAGCUCACUUAAGCUCAAGGACAUUGUUGAUUGA